AUGGCUUCCAUACAAACCUCGUCUCUACUUUCUUAUUCUUCCUUGUCUUCAAGGAAAACAAUAAAUGCUGCAAUCCACGUCCCAAAACUCCCGAGAGUUGAUGUUUCACUGCCAAAGAUACGUAUUAUAAAGAAGGCUGAGGAAUCGAAACCCAGAGAGAAGAAUACGCAGCUGCACGAUUAUAUUGAUGAACAACAGCAUUCUACAAACUCCGAUGCCCUUAUCAAACUCUGCGCAAUCCUCGAAGCUGUGGCUGACAGGGUUGAAAUGCACAAUAACAUUGGCGAGCAACGUGAUAACUGGAACACGCUGCUUUUGAACUCCAUUAACAUGAUUACACUCACUGCAACAACCAUGGCUGGUGUUGCAGCCACGUGUGGAGCUGGUGCACCACUUUUGGCUUUGAAGCUUUCUUCUGCGCUGCUGUUUUCAGCAGCCACUGGGAUGUUACUCAUCAUGAACAAGAUCCAGCCAUCUCAACUCACGGAGGAACAACGGAAUGCUUCUAGAUUGUUCAGGAACCUUCAGAGCGAAAUCGAAACCACAAUUGCAGUUGGAAACCCUACCGAGGAAGAUGUGAAGGGUGCAAUGACGAGGGUUUUGGCGCUUGACAAAGCUUUUCCACUUCCCUUGUUGGGAGGAGCUAUGCUUGAGAAAUUCCCUCAGAAGUUUGAGCCUGCUGUGUGGUGGCCUUCCAAAGUGUGCGAGGGAAAAGGAAAGCCACAGAAAAUGGGAAAAACGAAUGGAUGGAGUGAGGAACUAGAAAUGGAAAUGAGGGAGGUUGUUGAGGUGGUGAAGAGAAAAGACAGUGAGGACUAUGAAAGGCUUGGGAACAUAGCGUUGAAGAUUAACAAGAUCAUGGCCAUUUCAGGUCCUUUACUGACAGGAAUUGCAGCAACAGGAUCUGCAUUUGUAGGGAAUGAUUCUUGGUUCUCAUUAGUGCCUCUCAUGGCCGGGUCAUUGGCUGCAGUAGUUAACAGUUUUGAGCAUGCAGGGCAAGUAGGCAUGGUUUUUGAAAUGUACAGAACCUCAGGUGGGUUCUUCAAGAUGCUGGAAACCUCUGUUGAAUCAACUUUGGAAGAGGAAGAUUUGGAGAGAAGAGAAAAUGGGGAGCUAUUUGAAAUGAAGAUGGCUUUGAAGUUGGGAAGAAGUGUGUCACAACUGAGGGAACUUGCUUCUAAAUCAACUUCUUAUCGCAUGGAAGGAGUGUUUGAAAUAGACGAAUUUGCUAGCAAACUGUUCUGAGAGAAAACAUUUGUUGAAUACAUGUUCUUUCAUUCUUUUUGU